ACGCCGCCGCCGUCCGCGGCCGACGGUGGUCGCGAAUCAACGCGCCGCGGUGCACCGCUGCGCCUGUCCUUGCGCGCCGCUGGACGUCGGCCGAGAAGACCGCUUCCCUCUGGGGACCCGACUCCGCGAAGAUCGCGCGCGCGUCGUGAGUGGCGGCGCGCGCGCGAUCUCUGUUCCCGGGCACGCCGGUCGCAGUGGCAUGGGAUCCCAGGCUCAAAAGCGCUCUCAAAACAGCGAGCUGCUCCUCCUCCUGCCGCCGUUCUCGCCGCCGCCGCCGCCGCCGCCGCCUCCGCCGCCGCCGCCGCCGCCGCCGCCGCCGCCGCCUCGCGCCUUGCCUCCGUCACCGCCGCCCUCCAUCUCGCAGCGGCGCGUCCCUCUGAUGGCGCGGGCUCCUCGCUCGAUGGCGCAUUCUGUCGCGCCCUCGCCGCCGCCCCCCCUCUCGCCGCCGCUCCGCUCGUGGCCGCCCCAUCCCCUGUCAAUCCCGCCGCCUCCCCUGCCAAUCCCCCGCACCACCGCCGCCACCGCCUCGCGCGUUUAGCGGGCCUUUAAGCUUAGGAAUCCUAAAUAUAGGAGGACAGCC